AUGUCUACGCCUACUUCUCCGCGCCGUCGCGCGACUCCAAUUCCCCACGCGCCAACCCGCAACAUCCUCCUCUUCCUGGUUGCCUUCCGCCUACUGAACGCAUUUACGACGCGAACAUUCUUCCAGCCAGAUGAAUACUUCCAGUCGCUAGAGCCUGCCUGGCAGAUCGCAUUUGGUCCAGACCAGGGGGCCUGGCUGACGUGGGAAUGGCGAAACCAAUUACGAUCCUCACUGCACCCGCUCAUCUUCGCCGCCCUUUACAAAGCUGCAGAUGUUCUUUCUCUGGUGCUGCAGGUCUCCCCCGCGACACGCGCCGAACUCCUGAUUGCCGCCCCGAAGACAGCGCAGGCCGUUGUAGCGGCAAUCGGGGAUUUCUAUACUUGGAAGCUUGCAGUUCGCGUCUACGGAGAUGAAUCUCGAGGCGCCUGGACGACGCUGGUCGCUACCGUCCUGAAUCCCUGGCAAUGGUUCUGCUCGACUCGAACCUUAUCGAACUGCCUGGAAACCACAAUAACCGUUGUCGCAUUAGAACUCUGGCCAUGGCAAUGGUCAACGGCCUCUGCGAUCACCGAUGGCCACGUUAAAAAUGCCGCCAGCCGAAAGAAAAGCACGGGCCAAGACCGAGGUGUUAUUCAUCGACUGCACAAAUGUCUACCACUGGCUGCGCUCGCUUGCAUACUGCGGCCAACCAAUAUCCUGAUUUGGGCGACACUGGGUAGCAUCGCUUGGCUUCGGACUUCUUGGGCCCAGCGUCGGAUCCUCGUGGCUGAAGUCAUAGUUUGCGGUUCGGCAAUGCUAGCUAUCUCUGCUGUGGCAGACCGCUUGUUCUAUGGCCUCUGGACUUUCCCGCCACUCAGGUUUCUAUACUUCAAUAUCGCCCAAUCACUGGCGGUCUUUUAUGGCAGUAAUAACUUCCAUUAUUAUGCUACAGAAGGUUACCCACUACUGCUCACCACGCUAUUGCCGUUUGCAUCCCUUGGGCUAUACCGAACCUUGACCACUCGGAGGUCCUCAGUGGUCGAUAAUGUGUCAACCACCAUCCGAGUGCAACUGGCGACAGUAUGCCUUGUCAUGCCAUUGGUACUCUCCCUGAUCUCACACAAGGAAGUGCGCUUCAUCUACCCAUUGUUACCAUCUCUACAUAUCUUGGCUGCGCCGCCUUUGGUACAAUUUUUCUACCCUGCCAUUUACUCCCGAGCAUAUCCUCGCCAUACCCCUCGCAGGUUGAUCCUUAUUUUCCUCGUAUUUGUUAACUUAGUGAUUGCACUGUACACCACUAUUCGCCAUGCCUCGGGGCCUCUGAGCGUCCUCUCUUAUCUCCGCCAACAACAUGAAGCCCACGCCCCCGCUCAGAAAGCAGCAGAAUCUACUUCUGGAAUCUCAGCCGGCUUCUUAAUGCCCUGCCACAGCACUCCGUGGCGCUCCCAUCUAGUCUAUCCAACAAUAAACGCCUGGGCGCUGUCCUGCGAGCCCCCAAUCGAUCAAACAGAAGCCCAAAAAUCCGUCUACCGUGACGAAGCAGAUCAAUUCUACGAUGACCCAAGCCAAUUCCUCCGCCAGAACAUGUCAGGUGGCCUCUGGCAUUUCCCCCACCGACCCAGCUACGCCGCAGGCUCCCACUCCUUAUCAGGAACAGACCUAGCCCCAGCUCUGCAACACGAGUGGCCAGACUAUCUGAUUUUCUUCGCUCAACUCGAACCAACCCUCCACGGCCUCCUCCGUAGCUCCUCCUACGGUGAAUGCAAACGCAUCUUCAAUACAGACUGGCACGAUGAUUGGCGCCGUCGCGGCGACAUCGUAGUCUGGUGUCUUGAUCCGAAAGAACAAGAUGCCUGGCGCGCCGAAACCCAAGCACGAGUCCAUCAAAGUCGCGAAAAGCAAUUCGAUCGCAUCAUGGAAUCGUUCAGGAAAGAGAUGCGCAGCCAGCAAAAGCGCGGUUGGAGCUCUCAUCUACCUUCCUGGUCUUCGUGGUCUUCAUGGCCGUCUUGGCCGUCAUCUCGCCCAACGCUUGCCUCGAGCUUUGCUUCGUGGCAGCGCUCCGCACAGUCUCUCUUUUAUCCUAGAUCUUCGUCUGUGGCCUGGCCUUGGCGUCCAAAGUCUCGCUGGGAGACAUUUAUGGCACGUUUCCGGAUGCCGGCGCGAAGGACCGGCUGGAUCCCGUCUUGGGGCGUGGAUUGGGUUCCUGCGUGGCCUUCUUGGGCACAAGGUAAAAAGAAGACGCCGUUAGAUCGUGAUCUCUGGUCGUGA